UUGUGGUGCUGGGCGUCCAUGCAGAUGUUGAGCAGCGUGUCCUGCGCCGAGGCCAGCGCCAGCAGCGCCAGCACGGCCCACGGGGACGCCAUCCGCCUGGGGACGGGGACGGGGUGGCACUGAGGUAGCACUUCCGGGGUCAGCUUGUACUUCCGGGUCGGCCUCGGCGGCGGCGGGGCCUAGUGGCUGCCAUGUCUACGCUGUUCCCCUCUCUGUUGCCACGCCUGACCGAGCCGCUGUGGUUCAACCUGGACCGGCCGUGCGUGGACGAGACCGAGCUGCAGCAGCAGGAGCAGCAGCACCAGGCCUGGCUCCAGAGCAUCGCCGAGAAGGACAACAACCUGGUUCCCAUCGGGAAGCCGGCCUCUGAGCACUACGACGAGGAGGAGGAGGAGGAUGAUGAGGACGAUGAAGACAGCGAAGAGGACUCCGAGGAUGACGAGGACAUGCAGGAUAUGGAUGAGAUGAACGAUUACAAUGAGUCUCCUGACGAUGGGGAGAUCAAUGAGGUGGACAUGGAAGGGGCAGAGCAGGAUCAGGACCAGUGGAUGAUCUGAUCCCAGCGGAACCGGAGCCAGACUUAAUGUGAGACGGGGAUUGAGCCCUCAUCCUUCUGGUUGGGACCAUCCUGGGGCUGGGGGGGGCUUCUCCAACAGCCACCACAUCCCACGAUGGGCACAGCACGAAGCUGGCCCCAGCGGGGCCAGGAGUGCUGGGCAGGGCCGGUGGGUGCACAGUGCACUUGGGGGCAGUGCGGGGACACAACAGGAACGGAGCAUCUUUUCUAAUAAAUGCCUUAUUUUAGGAAACCGG